AUGGCAGCCGUCAAGAAACUGCGCGAGAUGCUCGCCGACCGAGAAAAAAUCAUCGUCGGUCCCGGCGUGUACGACGGCUUGACGGCGCGGAUGGCGAUCCAAGCAGGCUUCGACGCGCUGUACAUGACCGGCGCGGGAACCAGCAUGUCGAAGCUGGGGAUGGCCGACCUCGGGCUGGCCACAAUGACGGAAAUGGCCGACCAGGCCGGGAUGAUCGCCUCGCUGGAUUGGAGGGUGCCGCUCAUCGCCGACGCGGACACCGGGUACGGGGGCGCGUUGAGCGUCGGACGGACCGUUGCGCGAUACAUGGCUGGCGGGGUGGCAGCGAUGCAUCUGGAAGACCAGGUGGUGAAUAAACGAUGUGGCCAUCUUGCAGGGAAGCAGGUUGUUUCGCGCGAGGAAUACAAAUCUCGCAUCCGGGCGGCGGUCAACAUGCGCGCCCAGCUGGAAGGGGAUAUCGUGCUCAUUGCGCGGACAGACGCUCUCCAGCCGCUCGGGCUGGACGAAGCCUUGCUGCGGCUUCAAGACGCCGUCGAGCUCGGGGUGGACGUGGUCUUCCUCGAAGCCAUCGAGACCCGCGAGCAGAUCGAGACGUACUGUCGUGUUUUCCGCGACAAGGGCGUGCCCAUCAUGUACGGCAUGGUCCAGGGCACAAACGCCGUCAAGAUCACCGUGGCCGAGGCCCAGCAGAUGGGCAUCAAGAUCCUGGUCUAUGCCGCUCUGUGUCUGAUCCCGACCUAUCUGGCUGUCACGCAAGCCCUGCGCCAUCUCAAGCAAGAGGGUGAUUGUGAGCAGUACGGGCCUGGCAUCUCGCCGCCGCUUGUCUUUGGGGUCUGCGGAAUGAACGAACUGCUGGAAUUCGAUCGCCAGGCGGGAGAGUGA